UCUCUACACACCUUUUUCCAUGGAGUAAUUAAGGCCUGCCUCAGAGUGAGAGUGCACUCCCUGCCCAGCUGUGUAAGGGAGAGCUGACAGCACCACCACUACCAAGCAUGAAGAUCCUGGGGAUUGCCUUCUUUUUCCUAGCUGUACUCUGUGUUUGCACGGUAGGAGAAAAUGGUAUUCUAACCACAGCCGUCAGUGAAAAUGUGUCUACAUCAACAUCAAAGUCUGUAACAGAAGCUGUAAAUGGAUCAACUUCACAAGCAACAACAUCGCAAACGUUGGUGCUGACAACAACUGCAGUCAGAGAUACAAAUGAAUCCAUCACAAGCAACUCCACGCCUCCUUCACCUAACGCUACACAACAAAUAACACAACAAAUAAUACAAGAUAAAACCACACAACCACCAGUAAAAGUGACCACUACAUCGUCAGAUCAAAGUGACAGCACAAGAAACACUACACAAACAAGUAGAACACAGUUGGCCCAAAAUGAGAGUUUGGAUGUUUCAUCUACUAAGGGAUGGUCUUUUUCUUCUACAGUCUUUCUACAAAAAACCACUUCUGAUCCUGAAACCUCAGGCCUUCACGUGAGAUCCCCAACAGAAUCAACAAUUUCUGACAGUCCUGAAAGCGAUUCUGGAAAGAAGAAGGUGACAGGGAUUGAUAUCCAUUAUUCUAGUGUUAUCUUGCCAGUUGUCAUCAGCUUGAUAGUCAUUACCCUCUCUGUCUUCUCACUGGUAGCUUUGUACAGAAUAUGCCAGAAGAAAACUCCAGAGAGACAAGAGAACAGCACUGAACAGGCCCAGUCAGAUAAAGAAGGAGUCAAACUUCUUUCUGUGAAGACAACCUCUUCUGAGACUGCUGGAUAUUUAACAAAAUAUCAAACUGCUGAGCCACUAGACUCCAAAAUUGUUCUAAACAACUCUAUGUGCAGUCUCAAGGCGUGCUGCAGCCCUGUAUCUGAAAACAUGUGUUACCUUUAUUACCCUUGAAAAGAGAGCAUUUGUAUUACCAUUUCUUCUCCAGUAUAUGAUCAUUCUCUUCAUCACUGAAUUGUUAGUUGGCACUGACAAUUAUAAACCCUAUAAUGCAAGUAUCUUCAGACACAUUUUCAACCAUGGAGUAGUGAUAACCUGGUUUUGUUUCAGAAUUCUUGCAGGCUCCUGUCCUCAUGGGAGUGCAGUAGCAAAGCAAUGCAAGAGCAUCCCUGCCUGCAAUGAAUCACAUUGGACAAUCAUUGAUAUGAUAGGGGAUGUUGACCCCAGCAAUAGUUUGUGGCAGAUCACUGCUUCCAGGGAUUAUGUGUAUAGCACCGGGAAAUCUAGAUAGGGUAUGUGAGUGUCUGUGUGCUGCGUCCUCAGGGUCUUCAGUAAGGCAAAUUCAGCACUCCUGUCCCCACCACCGCUGUUGGCAGGUACCACUUGAGCAGCCUGCCUCCUGCAGCCAGCUCAGCCUCACCCAUUUCAUACUCUGAUCCAAAGCCUAUGGACAUCAACGGGAAGUUACCCGGGGAGCUAUACUGCCUCUGGAGCCUCUCCUUAGACAAGUUAUUUUCCUGUGGUGCAGAGUAUCAGUCUUCCAUAUAAGUCUGACUAGUUUCGAGCAUAGGCAGAGCAACCAGCUCAGAGUGAACACCACCUUUUUUAAACAUCCUUGCCAAUUUUUCCCAUUCACACCUUAUUAAAUCUUCUAUUUCUGUAUAUUGAACAAAGAAAGUAAAAACACGCAGAAGGAAGAAAUAAUAAAGGGAGAAAUAAAAAUAAAUUUUAAAAGAAAUGAGAGUUCUUUAAAAUCUCAUUCCUUUGUUAGUACAAUU